AUGGCGUCUCGAGGACCCCCCGGUGCCCGCGGCGGCGGCUCCAACAACCGCUUUGCUCAGUUCAAGCUGGUUCUCCUCGGAGAAUCCGCUGUUGGAAAGGACCAAUUUGAUUCCUUCCGCGAAUCCACCAUCGGCGCUGCGUUCCUCACCCAGACCAUCUCCCUCGAUGAGGCCACUACCGUCAAGUUCGAAAUUUGGGAUACCGCCGGCCAGGAGCGCUACAAGUCUCUGGCUCCCAUGUACUACCGUAAUGCCAACUGCGCCGUCGUCGUGUAUGACAUCACGCAGUCUGCUUCCCUCGACAAGGCCAAGGCCUGGGUCAAGGAACUACAACGCCAAGCAAACGAAAACAUCAUCAUCGCUCUCGCUGGCAACAAGCUCGAUCUCGUCACGGAGCAGCCCGACAAGCGCGCCAUUCCCACCGCCGACGCCGAAGCCUACGCAAAGGAGGCCGGCCUCCUCUUCUUCGAGACCUCGGCCAAGACUGCCGAAAAUGUCCCCGAGCUCUUUACCGCCAUCGCCAAGAAGCUUCCCCUCGAUCAGGCCGGUCCCAGACACGCACGUCCUGGCCAACGCCCCGGCGUCAGCUUGGCUCCCGAAAAUUCAAACACCAACGCUGCUGGCCCCUGCAGCUGUUAA